UGCGAGCACCGCGCGGCUAAACAACACGCCUGCACCGCCGGUGUUAACGUUAGCUAACGGAAAUCGGUUCGCAUAAUUAUCAAUAAUAAGGAAUGUAUCGGAAUCUCCAUGUAUUGGAUAUUAUUGUCUAUCCGUUUCUUUGUUGUUGGCUCGUGCGCCAAUGCAGCCGUUCAUGUGAUUGAUGACUCAAGAUGGAGAUGAAAUGAAACGUGAACCGGUCGGAUGUUUACAGUGUCCAGUGCCACGAACGUCUGUACGGCUCUUUAAUCUGCUUGUUUCAACAUGGAGACGUUUCUAAGCCUGGAGGAAUUGUCCAUUUGUCAGCAUCGGGCCCUGGGGACGAAGUGAUGCCAUCAUCGCCGUGGUGACAGCAGAGAGAGAAGAAGGGCCUGAUCAUGGGAGACAGAAGGAGGUCACCAUGUGCAGAAAUCUAUCCAGAUAUGCCCUCGUCUUCCUCUUCCUAGCUCUUUCUGGACUCAUCUUCCUGUUGCGCAACAUUCACACUGUGGAGAGCUGGAAUUGCCACACGAUUUCAGCCCUGUACCAGCUACAGAGCAGGAUCCACUCAUCCUUCAUCUCGGUCAAUCUCCCCACUUUUUAUCACAACCGCACCUUCUGCGCUCACCUGGGCCAAAAACCCUCUCCCGAAGAUGAACUGGAAGAGCGCUAUUUGUUGGACUCUAUCGCGUGGCCCGGGCCUCCGCCUCGCUCUGCACCGACUGCCUUGCGCCAGACGAGCGACCCUGUGCACAGCCUGUUUGCCAUCCUCCCCACUAAAGGAGGAAGAGAGUGGCAUGUGGGAGACCAGCUGGAGGCCCUCGUCCAAAUGCAUGACUUCCAGGGUCGCCCCAAACGCUAUGGUGGGGAUUUCCUUUUGGCCAGACUGCACUCUCCAGAGCUUGGAGCAGGUGUAGCAGGUAAAGUGCUGGACCACAGGAAUGGAUUUUACUCUGCUCUGUUCCCUCUCCUCUGGGUGGGAUCUGCACAUGUUGAGAUUACGUUGGUGCACUCCAGCGAGGCAGUCGCUGUGCUGCGACGGCUGAGGGAAGAACGUCCCGAUCGGGUGUUUUUCAAGAGCCUCUACCGCUUGGGUUUCCUCUCUGAAACUACUGUGUGUAACAUGUGCCUGCCGCCAGAUCAGCAGCCUCUGUGCAACUACACAGAUCUUUACACAGGGGAGCCCUGGUACUGCUACAAGCCUAAAAUGCUCAGCUGUGACACCAGAGUCAACCAUGCCAAAGGAGGCUACCUAAAACACCUCAUCACCAAUAAGGAGGCAUUGCUCUUCCAGAGUGGUGUAAACAUCAAAGUUCGCAUACAUGCUUCAGGACCCGACAGAAUCAAUGUCCUGCCACCAAGGAAAGAUAAAGUAGAGGUAGACAGCAGCAGUGUAAAACCAGAACCUAUUGAGCUAGCACCAUCUGGAUAUUACCACACGGAGUCGUGGAGGGCGUUAGGUGGCGUUACAAUGCGCCACUUCAAUGAAUCAUCUGCCAUCACUCAGUGUUUGCGGAACAAGGUGAUCAACAUGUACGGAGACUCCACCGUCAGGCAGUGGUUCGAGUACCUCAUUGCUCUCGUACCAGAAUUAAAGGAAUUCAACCUCCACAGUCCCAAAAAUGUCGGGCCUUUCAUGGCAGUGGACAGCACUCAUAAUAUUCUCUUGAAGUAUCGCUGCCAUGGCCCGCCCAUCCGCUUCUCCACCGUCAUGUCCAGCGAGUUGAGGUACAUUUCAAAUGAGCUGGACGGCCUUUCUGGUGGUCCCAACACUGUUGUGGUGCUCAGCAUCUGGGCCCAUUUCAGCACCUUUCCUGUGGAGGUGUACAUACGACGGCUGCGUCACAUUCGGCGGGCUUUGUUACGGCUUCUGGACCGAGCGCCGGGGACGCUCAUUGUGAUCCGCUCAGCCAACCUCCAAGCCUUGGACCAAGAGGUGAGCCUGUACAACAGCGACUGGUACUCCCUGCAGCUGGAUAAGGUGCUCAGGGCCAUGUUCAAGGGAAUGAGCGUUCUGCUGGUGGAUGCCUGGCAAAUGACUUUAGCGCACCACCUCCCCCACGCUCUCCAUCCACCCCCAACCAUCGUCAAGAACAUGAUAGAUAUGCUUCUUUCUUACGUUUGCCCGGAGAAGAAAAAGAGCCAACAGAAAUAGAAGUACAGAGACAAACUAAGGAGUUUACUGUGUGAAUCCACCAAUUGGUUCCUUGACAUCCAAACACUUAUUUCUUUGUUUGGCUUUAUUAACAACUAAAGUGUCUGAGGCUACAUACCCUUUAAAUACCAUCUUUACUAAGAGGUUGACCAAAUUGCUUGUACUGAUCUCUGUUUAGAUGCCUGUUAUAUUUAUUUUUUAUCCCCAUAAAACUUAUUUUUUUCAGAAAAUGCCAAAGACCUUGGUAACAAAAACAGAUGGUAACUGUAAAAAUUAACAUGCCAAAGUGUGUGUGUGUGUGUGAGUGUGUGUGAGUGUGUGCUUAUGCUGUACUUUUACUUAAACCUGCAGUGUGGAGCCCCCCUCUGGCAGUCAGAGUAAUUACACAAUGACACAGGCCACAACAAUGUAAGGUGUGUUUGUCCUCGCUGUGGAUCGCUUUAUUUGUUGGACUGUAAUCCUUCCUCUGAAUGUGCGAGUUUCUUUUGUAUCUGGAGCACCAGAAACUUUUCUCGGAUGCCUUCAAGGUUUUCCCACCAUUACUCCUAGCUGGCGUAGCGUGCGCCAUCUCCAUCGCUACGGUUGCUCCCCUCUUCAGCCCGGGCAAACCAAUCAUCGCUGGUUUCUCGGUAUAAAUCAGAGCGGGAAUGUCGCCACAGACACCUGAUUGGCUUUAUCAGCGCUGUGUGAACUCGUUUGGCAAGGGCUUGAAUGUAACAGACAUUUAUUUAUUUGUGAAAGUCCAGCACUCCAGCUUUAAGUUGCCCAUGUUUGGUGUUGGUAUUCUUUCCAGAUUCAAAAUGAGCUUUGUUUUUCCUGUUUAUUUGUUGAUUAUUUUUGCCAGAGGUUCAGCCUCAGUGAGCUCUUGUUUCAAAGAUUUUUCUCAGGCUGUUCAUUGUUGAAAUCUGCUCUCAUGUUCUGAGCCAUGUUACAAUAUGCCGACUGUCGUCUCUAUUUGUUGCUACGUGUAAUUGGUCAAUGUUACGUUUAUAUAACUCAUUAUUAGAAACAAAAGUUUACGAUACAACCAUGAUUCAAACUUUAGGACAGCUUAAAAUGUACUAUUUUUUUGUUAUCAAAAAAAAUAUAUAUAUUACAUUUUUAUUUAAAGGCCAAAACCUGCACAGUUACCGUCUGUUCUUUUGGUAACCAACAGCUUUUAUAUCCCCAUGACUGGAAAGAUUUUGCUGCACAAGAUGUUCACAUUGUUUCAGUUGACUUUUUACCUGGUGACUUCUCUAAGUGACAGAUCUGCCUCUCAGCCUUUCAGACCCAAUAAGCUCCUCCAAGGUUUGGAAAAGGUUCACACAUCAAGUCAAACUCAGUGGCAGUGGUGUGUGUGUACUUGACCUUGUUAAGGGUUGACCUUUACGUUUCUAAUGACUCUUUUGUAUUAAUAGUUAACUUUCUAUUAGAGUAAUCAUUUUUCAUAACCAGCAUCGAUUCUGGGUGUUUUAUAUGGACAUUUGAGGGUCAGUUUAACAUGAUCAGAUACUGUACAAUGUCACAUGUUCAUCGUAGAAAAGACGAUUGGAGAAGAGAGGUCUGUGUGAUAAAAAAGAUAAUGUGCCUAUUUUGUAUCUGAUUCUGUUUGUCCCUGACAGUGACCAGAGAGUAUUCAAUCGUGAUUUAUAAUAAUUGAAUUGCUGUCAUGUAUUUGCUGUUGUUUUGCUUUUUCUAACAUUGUUAAAAGGACCAGUUCAUGACUGUGGUGCCUGGAGGCCAUGGCCAUGUGUUCACUCAAGCUGUGGGUCAGAUCAAGCAUUCAAAGGAGGCUGGAGCAGGAGCUGGUUUAUUAUUAUUAUUAUUUAUUAAUAUUAAAACGAUGAUUCGUCUUUUUUGAUCCUGAAGCUUGUGGUACAGUCCAAUAAACUAAACUGCAACAAUGGCAGCGUUAAGAGUCACUGAUCAGUCUCAGUUGCGUUGACUUAAAAUUGAUUUGAAUUUUUCAUGUAUUUAACCAGGUAAAGGUUUUGUUACGAUGAAUGUCUCUAAAUGUUUCUAGAGGGCAGCGUCAAAACUCUGGUACAAGAAAAUUUCAAACAACAAAAAUAGGUUGAAACAGACUGUCACAUACUAUAAAGAGAUAAAUGAUUCCUCUGAUGCUUUGGAGAGCUGAUUGAUCACAGAAAAACACCAAUGCCACCAUUGGUGCCAAUGAACCCCAACGCUAAUGCCAAAGAGUGUAGCAACCCUAACCGCACCUGAGGGACGUCGCUAAAGAACAUUUUAUGUCUGAUUUUAAUGCUAUCACAGUGCUGAGUCAGCGCUGAGUAGAAAAUCAUAUGGGAGUAUUUAGUUUAGAAAAACACGACAUCUGUUCAGAGCUGUGGUUGGCGAGUUUGUAACGCUGUUAUAUGAUUAUCAGUGUUACAGUAUGUUGGAGAUGCAGAGGAUUUCAAGAGAAUUUUAAUGCCGCAUGUUACGGUUGAUAUUAUGCAAAGGCACAACUGCAUUUUAUUUGUUUGCUUUCUUUCUGUGAAAGUAUAGAAGAAGAGUUGAUGAUAUUUUAUAUCUUAAAGUCUGAGAAACUUGAAAAAAUAAGGAAUACAGUUGAACAUGGGUGAUAGUUUCAUAUUUGUUGGCAUAGCUCUUUAAGUCCUGCCAAGUCCCUAAUUGUGAUAUUCUUCUGACCUAUGUGUGUGUAUUGUAGUGGCCUGCACCAUUCACCCUCACCUUUAUUAUAUCAGUGGCAGUUGUGCUCAAAGACUUACCUGCUUACUAAUGUUAAAACUUGUCAAAAAGCCAAGAAAUGUUUUGCAAAUGAAAUAAAGAAAAAAAAAAAGAUAAAUGGAUUCAACUCUUUGAUAAUGUAGCAUCGUGAGUCAAGUUAAAGUUUAUUUAAAGUGCAUUAUGACACAACAGUGCCUCAACACAUGAAGGGAGCAAUAUGUCUGUGUGAGAGUGUUAUAAUAAUUAAAAUACAAAUAUGAUGAAUGAUGUGCUGCUGUAACAGGCUCCAGCUGCAUUCACUCCGGUUCAGCCACUACACCACAAAUGCUCAAAGUUGAUCUUUUAAUUAAUUAUAAAAGAUGUUGGAUGGGAUUAACACUGAGACCUUCACACAUCAAACUCAAAAAUAAUAAUAAUAAUAAUAGUAAUUCUAAUGGGCCUGGCUUUGUGCUCUGAGACAUUGUGUUGAAACGUGAAUGAGCCUUCCCCCAAAGUUGAAAGCAGAAGAUAUAAUUAUGUGCUGUGGCAAAGCCUGAUACACAGCCUCAAGCCUAAAUGACAUAAGAGCAUGUUGAUGGGGGUGUACUAAACAGAAAUACAACAGUUUACUGAGGGUUACUACGCGGGUGAAUGAUUUUUACUGCUCUGAUGUUACCAGUUAAGUACAGUGUUUGACUUGACAUUCAUUUUAAGCAUCAAUGCCAAGAGGAUUCAAAAGAAACUUAUCUGAUGACUCUGGCUCUGCAUGGGUGCGUAAAGAUCGGAAUAUCAGCUAUUUUUUUCAUAUUAAAGACGACUUCAUGACAUUGGAAUAUUUUGUCAGGACCAUGAUAAAUCGUGUCUGUUUCUUGGUCAGGCGGCGUUCAUAUUUUAAUACAAACUCCGACGGGUUGCUCUGAGAGUGAGAGAACUGAAGCAGAACAGGAAGAGCUGGACGCUGGUUGAAUUUUCCAAAUAUGUCAGUUCCUGUAGCUGCUUCCUUGUAUUGUGUAUCGUAUGUCCUUAUUGUAGAGAAACCACUGAAUCAUACAUUCAUACCAUACCAGGCUUACAUUUCAAUGUGGCAAUAACAGCUUGAGUCCACCUGCAGCUACAUCCCAAGCAAAGACGGUUAACUCAUGACGAGACGUUUAAGGUUCAG